AUGAGCCCUAUGAGCGACAACAACCCACAAACCCCUCUUCCUACUCUUUCCCUCGCAAAGAUCAACGCUGCCCUGGUCGCCCUCCCGACCUUCACACCGACCGUGCUCCGCAGCAGCCUGUCCUGGCUGCGUGACACCCUGCACCCGCUGCAUCGUCUUGAGGAGGAAUACACGACGGAUACAAGCGGGGCACUCGGGGGUGAGGACCCAGAAGAUUACAGGUGUACUCUGGAAGAAAGUAAGGAUAGAGGAGUGGGAGCGACAGUGGGAGUGACAGCAGAGGAAGGGUUUGAGAUUGACGAGGAUAUCGACGCUAUGAACUCGAAGGCAGGGAAGAUGGGUGUGCCGGCAUUGAAAAAGGAGAGAUGGGGGAAGCAUGUCGGCGGUCCCUAUUCUGCAUCGGCGCGGGUGCAAGGAGAUGGACAGGGCUCGAGGGAUGGGAGAAGUGAGGAGCAGAGGAAUGAGAACGUAGAUGUAAGAAGACAGUACCGGGAAGAUCGGCGGCGGGUGCGGCAGGUGAAGAAGAUCUUGGAGAUGGGCCAGUCGUCGCUGCUCAUGCCUCCUGCCGGAUCCCAGUAUCAAGGUCGAGACCAAAGGGGCGGGAGCCGUGGUGGUAGAUUGCGAGGAUUGGGAGAGGACUAUGUGUUAGCCGGCGGCUCGCUUGUUGUCCCGUCGAAGACAAAGCUUGAUGAGAGCGAGAAGGAGGCAGUGGCAAGGAGGUUGCAGGAGGCGAUGGAGAGUAAUGCGUUUAAGGUGUGGCCUAAUUUCCAGGACAACAGACCUAUGCCGGAGGGAGCCAGGACAGAGAGGAAAGAGAGUCCGGAGUUUAGGGAUGUGGGAGCGUGGAGGAAGGAGGCCGCGAAGGAGAUGUGGGACAAGAAGGAGGAGCGAAGUCUUGAGGGGCGAAGAAGAGUCGCGGGAGGAUAUGAGGAUAUGAUCGAGGCGGAGAAGUUGUUAGAUAAUGCUAUGUUUGGGGCCACUUUAGCGGGGGUAGAUCUUAAAAAGUACCAGAAUGCCAGAGACAGGGGUAUGGACCAUUAUGAAGCAGAAGCAGAGAGCAGAAAGACUACUGGGUUGGCUUCCGAACCUAUGGAUGGAAGGAGACACAGAAGGACUGAGCAGAACCAUAAUGCAAGGAAAAGUAAUAUGCAAAAGCAAAGGUCAAAAAAGGACGAACAGGAUGAUGCUAGCAGUACCGAUGAAGUAUUGCCUAGAAGACCGAUUGCGAUUGCACGACGACCAACCGUUCGACAUCACAGCAACAGCUCUGAAGAAGCAAUACCCUUUGCGCCGAGAUCCUCUAAGCUAUGA